AUGAAUAAAAAAGAAAUUUUAUCAUUAUUAGAAAUUAAAAAAAUAUUAAUUAUUGUUGGUGGUGAUAAAACUGAAAAAGCAAGUGAAAUUCCAAAAUUAUUUUUAAAUGAUAAUCCAACAAAUAAAACAAUUGUUUGUACAGAAGCAAAAAGAAGUAACGCAAUUAAAUUAGCAGAAUUAGUUUCAAAACAAAUGAAUGAACAAGUUGGUAAAACUGUUGGAUAUGGUAUUAGAUUUGAAGAAAAAGUUUCAAAUGAAUCAAAAAUUAAAUUUAUUACUGAUGGUUUAUUAGUAAGAGAGAUGAUUGUUGAUCCAUUAUUAAAUAAUUAUUCAAUUCUAAUUAUUGAUCAAGUUGAUGAACGUUCAUUAAGUACUGAUUUAUUAUUAGCAUUAUUAAAGAAAUUAGAAAUUUCAACAACAAAAAGACCAGAUUUAAAAAUUGUUAUAUUAACAUCAACCAAUUCAAAUGCAAAUGAAAUUAAAAAUUUCUUUGGUUCAGAUAAUGUUUCCACUCUUUCAUUUGGUAAUGAAGAUUCUUCAAUAACAACAACAACAACUACUCCUGAAAUUGAAAAAUGUAAAAAUCUAACACCUUUUAUUUUACAAUUAAAAUCAUUUAAUAUUGAUAAUUUAAAAAGUUUUGAAAUGAUUACAUCACCAUCAUUAGAAUUAAUCAAUCAAUCAUUGAAUGAAUUAUUUAGAUUAGGUGCAAUUUCAUCAAAUCAAGAUAAUGGAUCAUCAAAAUUAACAUCAAUUGGUAAUACUAUGGUUGGUUUACCAUUAGAACCAAUUUAUUCAAAAGUAAUUAUUGAAUCUGAAAAACUUGGUUGUAGUGAACAAAUUUUAAAUAUUAUUUCAAUGUUACUUAUUAAUAACAAAAAUGAUCUUUUUAUUAAUAGUAAAUUAUCAUCAUCAGCAUUAAUUGAUAGUCAAAGUGAUCAUUUAACAUUAUUAAAUGUUUACAAUUCAUUUAUUUCAAAUAAAUGUUCACCAAUUUGGUGUAAUGAUAAUCAAAUUAAUUUUCAAACGAUUCAAACUGUUCAACAAAUUAAAAAUCAAUUAUUAAAUUGUUUAACAAAAGUUUCAGUUAAAUUAUUAUCAUGUAAUGAUGAUGGAAGUAGUAGUAAACAAUCAACUGAUCAUAUUAAAAAAUCAUUUUUAUCGGGUUUCUUUAACAAUGUAGCAAAAUCAACAACUGAUAAUUCUUAUGAAACCAUUGUUGAACCAAUUCGUAAGGUUUUGUUACACCCAACUUCUUCUGUUGUUCCAGAGUCUAAUCAAUUUGUCUUGUUUGGUGAAACUUUUAAAAUUGAUAGGAGUGAAUACAUUAAAGACGUUUCUGUAAUUGAUCAAUCAUGGUUACGUUGA